AACCAUGUGGAGUCAUCAUUAUCAUCAUCAUCAUCAUCAUGGCGAGUGAUGAUUUUGAUGGAAAGACUGAUACUCACGAGAAUGACAGCACUGAUACUAAUGGCACUAGCAUCAUUAUUGAUGAUGAUGAUCCUAUUGUACAAGAAAUACCAGUAUACUUAGCCAAAGGGCUGGCCAAUAAUCUUUACUUGCUCCAAUAUCCAUUGCGUCCUGCCCACAUGCCGUAUGAUGGUAAAUCUGUAUUGGAGACCAGAAUGAAAGGAGAGCAACUGGAGAUGACAAUCGGCUUGGAGACAAGGGGAGCUGCUGGACAGCAUUACUCACAAAGCAAAGGAAUGCAAUACUCAGGGCUUACUGGUGGUGUAAUGGACAAGAUUGUACUAUCAUCACAGUCUUCAAAACCUGGUGACAUGUCUCGGUAUGUUGCUGGAGUUUUUAAAGACAAUCAGAUCCACUUAACUCCACUGAAGGGUAUUGUCCAACUUCGUCCUUGUCUCCGUCACAUUGAGAAACUUAAUGAGAGUGGGCGUGUACCAGGAGCUGGUGGGGUAGGUGCAGUUAGUGAUGGAGAAACAACAGCAACUGAGAGUGAAGAGGAAGAAGCUAAACCAGUCACUGUGAGGUUUGCUAAAGCUGGAGCGAAAGAUAAACAAAAGGCCGAGCCUGAAGAACCUUGGAAAACUUUAAGCUACCACUCGCUUGAGUCGAAUGAAGCAACGGUUGAGAGAGAAUUGCUGUUUGCUGGAGAUGACAAUCAUACUGAGGAAUUCUCAGUUACACCUAGUGAAUAUCUGGAUAUGGUCUGUCCUGUUGAAACAAUGCAGAAAAGUGCUAGUCCUCUUGGCCCAAGUGAUGUGUUGUCACUGACAACAUUGAAGACAUUACCUUAUGAAAAACAAGUUAUCGAACUUAUGAAAAAAGCUGUUGUCCUCUCGUUUGAUUACGUGUGUAUGCUCCUUAGCAGGGGCAAAGGGGAGAGAGGGUCAGUCCUCGAGUACCUCCAGAAAUGUUCACUGUUAGUCCAGGGUUGCUGGGUGGUCCAUUCAGCACUACUCCUCACAAAGGAGAGCUCUUCUUUAAGAAAUGCUAGAGAUUAUAUAUUGUGGUGCUUUACCCAGCAGCACACCAUCACUAGGAAGGACUUAGCUGCUGCACUAAAAAUUACAACACAGCAGUUAAGAGAUAUAUUAAAGCCGAUUGCUUGUCAGAGACCUGAAGGAGGCUGGCAGUUUCGGAUGGAGAGAGACCACGACUUCAUAAGCAAGUAUCCACAAGUUGUCUCUUCACAGGAGUCCUUAUGGCAGAGGAGGCACACUGAGUUAGUGCAGGUAUAUGGUCUUGGUACUUCACCUUCAGCUCCUCUUUCCACAAGUGCCUCUGAAGGUAAAACAGCUUCAGGAAGUAGGACAAAAUCAUCUCAACCGUCAGAGGCUAAGAUUGAUUUCACUCCAGCGAGGACACGCCUCCUUCAGCCAAACCAGCUGGACGUCGAUAGAACUGGAUCCAAUGCUAGUUCUUUGAAAGACUUUUGUCGGACGACAAUAGGAAGAACUGUUGUAUCAUUUUCGGAGCUGAAGGAACGUUUACUGAGACACCAGUCGUCUUUAGCUAAAGAUAAUCCUAUGCGAGGUCAAAAUGUGACUAAUGACCUGUUGGUUAGUACUCUUAAAGAUGUCGGAUGUGUUGAAUUGGGACAGGCUCAUUCUAAGAGGCUCUUCGUUAUACCAAGCAUUGGAGACCAUACUGAUCCAUAUCGCUUGGCGAUCAUUGAUUUAUUGAAAACGUCAAAGAGUUUAAAAAGGAAGCAGGUGGUAGACGCCAUUAGCUCUCACAAUGUCACGUUCGACAAUAAAGUACUGACAAGUGUCCUAAGGGAUCUGUGUAACAGCAGAGGAGCUCAGUGGCAUUUAAAGGGAACAAUUUAAUUAAUUAAUCAAUAAUAAUAAUAACUAGUAUAAGUCAACAACACUUCAAAAUUUACAAUAAAAAAUCAAAAAAUUAAUGAAACAAUAAUGAUUCUACAAACAAAUGGCACUAAAAAUUUGAUAAUACCAAUAAUUAAUAAUAAUAAUAAAAUCUAAAAAUCAAAUGAACAUACACAUUGUAACAA